GGGUAACUGACCUUGGCUGGAUGUGUCGGCGUGUUGCUGGGAGCACCACUGGGAGCAUCACUCGGAACAUCACUGGGAGCAUCACUGGAAGCAGUCUUUGGCACCCUCCCUGGUUCAUUUCGGUUCCAUUUCUCAAACGGUCCUUGUUCUGGCUCUGGCAUCUCGCUCAUUCAGGACCGGGUCUUCCACGCUAUUAUCGGAACGAGCUGCGCAAUGUGCUUGAUCUUCACGCAGAUCCCGGCGCUUGCCAGGAUUCAAAGCCUGCGAUACCUGGGCAGCGGCGUCCUGAUCACGGCGGUAUUUGUGUCGUCUUCGGCCUUUGGGUUUGUCUUCCAUCGCAAUCUCAAGAAGAUCGAGGACCAAAUGAAGGAAAUCUCCCGGCGGCGAUCAAGCUCCGAUGCAACGAGCAUUGUGCUGCUGUGGCUCAAAAUGGUUAUCAUUUCGAUCAUGCUGAUGAGCUUCUUCUGCAUCGUGGUCUACUUUGCGCUUCUGGGCCUGUACCUGGGCGGGAUUUUGGACUUUGACGGGUUCCUGCAGGCCACCACUGCCAUCCAGCUGGCUGGGGUGCCGCUCUACUUUGGUGGAUGCCUCGGAUUCCUUGAGACCAUCUACAUAUCGGUCGAGAAUCUGUUCUGCUACGGCGAUGGUGCCGUCCCAACCAUCAAGUCAACGUACGGGCUGACGACAACCAAACAUGCCACGACGGUGAUACAAAGUCAAGUGGCCGAGAAACCAGAGCAUAACUCGGCCGAUAGUGGACUGAUACCCUGACCCUCCGUCGCCGCUCGACUUGCCCACGUGCUUAUGUACAGUAUAGAUAUAAUCGGUGUUUUCGAUCGGAAUUCCCUGUUCUGGAUGUGGAUGGGACGCGGAGACCUUGGGGCAUCUACAUCGUUGCCCAUGGCACUGCAAAGCGACUCGGUGGUGAAGAGCCCGGGGUCGCGGUUUGCAUCAGAGGACGCAUGUUGGUUGUGCCCAUCGAUGGCGAAGACUCAGGCGCUGCCGAGCGAGCUUCAUAUGAUAACGACCGGGGAGGCAUGUCCCCAGCCGUGCCUCUAACGGGAAAGUGGA